AAUAUAAAAAUGUCAGAUGGGGGGACUCAGUACUUUUCACUUCGUUGGAACAAUCAUCCGGUCAACCUAGUUUCUGUUUUUACAGGACUUUAUCAGGCUGAGUCACUUGUCGAUGUAUCACUAGCAGCUGAGGGCAGACAUCUUCAGGCACAUAAGGUUGUUCUCUCUGCGUGUUCAGAUUAUUUCCAGGCUCUCUUCGCCGCUAAUCCUUGUCAGCACCCAAUAGUAAUCCUGAAGGAUGUCUCGUUCGAGGAUCUGCAGAUUGUGGUUAAGUUUAUGUAUCAUGGUAUAGUCAAUGUAUCCUCAGAUAAGCUACCAGGGGUUCUCAAGACUGCGGACGCUCUGCAGAUCAAAGGUUUAGAGAAAAAUAACGAGAUGUUAAGUCCUUUCCUUGGUACAUCCCGUCUCUUACCCGUUCCAACCCAUCAUGGUAGACAGCCUAGUACAGAGUCAUUGCCGGAGUACCUUCAUAGAUCCAGAUCGGAGGGAGGAUUCUUCCCACAUCGUGCUCACUCCGCUGAAUCCAGAGGUUAUAGCUUUGACUCUGGUCCUCUGGAGAUAUCCAGACAUAAAAGAUUAUUAUCUCCUCCCGGCAGUCCGGCUCAUAAUAUACCUCCAGGUAGUACUAGUCUAGCUCGGAAGAAGUUCCGGAAUCGGUCUGAGCAUGAGAGCACCUCUACGGAGGACAGGGGGGAGGGGGAGGUCAAGGAGGAGGUGAAAGAAGAUAAGUCUCCUAGUCUAUACAGUGGCUCAGAUACUGAACAUAUCGCUAAGAAGAAACGAGCCAUGUUCCAGUCACAAAAAUGUUCGAGUUCAGGAUCAAGAAGUUCUGAGCUUCAUAAUUCAAGUGAGGGUCGAAGUGAUAAAGAGAAUAAACGUCAAGGAUCCUUAUCCAGUAGUCAGAGCAUAUCCCAUAGUUCGGAUAGAGAGGAGCUGGAGAUUCAUCAGAAGGAUACUCUUCAAGUUCCAGGAGCUCAUUGUAGAACUCUAGUCAGAGCAGCUUCAACCUCAGAACUGAACAGAGGUCGUAUCUUGAAGAGGCAGCAAUGCCAGGAGUCAAACGAGGAGGGGGAGGGAGUCACUAAAAUUGAGCCUCCGACCUCGCCUCCGAGAAUCACCGUUAACACACCUCCGGUCAAGCGACCUAAAUCCUUCUCUCCGUCCCCCAUUCCUUCUCCACCUCCUGAAGAGCACCCCAUAUCCCCUGCUCCCGUCUCCCCUCACCCCGAAACCUCCCGCCAACCCUCCAUAGAUCCGCUCUGCGGCCUGGAGUCGGUUCCUCUGCUCUACUCCAGCUCCGGACCUGGACCUAGACUUCCUCCGUCAAAUCUCCUCCGACCCCAUCUUCCCUCUGUUCGUGUUAUACCUGAACCUGAACCUAUGCACGAGCUUCUUCCUCAUCCCUGUCAUCAAUCCGUACCGUCUCCCUCCCUCCUCUAUCCCAUCGUGCCGACGUAUGAGCAUCUGUCUCCGAUGCAUACGGAGAGGAAGCCUCCGAAACCCCGGCACACGGAGAAUUAUAUGCCUCUCAGUAGCUCCUCUGGAAGACCGGUAGGAAGUAUGGAACAGUUUGGGCACUGUCCUAAGGCUCGGGAUGGGCCGGCUUUAUCCUGUAAUUUCUGCUGGAAUACAACGGACGGAAGUGGACGAAUAUUACGACGAAAAACUAAAUAUCAUUGCCCAGAGUGUCAGACCAACCUAUGUAUAGUUCCGUGUUUCCAACAGUUCCACGAAGCCCUUGAAUCCGAACCCCAGAAUAACUGACAUCCAUACUACCACUAAACAAGGAUACCAUCCGUCCUUGGUGGAACUCUACUUCAUUCUCUACCCGGAGCUAAAUCCUCUACCUGGAACUAAAUCCUCUAUCCGGAGCUAACCCAGAUUUCUUCAAGAACUGAGGCGUGCGCAGUCUGUUAGGAUUAGUUUGCGCAGACUAUUGUUGUUGUGCAUUGUACAGAAUACAUGAGAAUUCACGUUGUAAAAUUAGACGGGGCAUUGCGCUUAACCAGCUAAUGUAUCGUGUAUUUAUACCUCAUUUAUUAAAACCGAAUCGAACAAAGACAUCUGAAUCUUUUCUUGAGAUUUAUUUUUCUUUAAUCCCUUUCUUAAACAAAAAGAAAAAACCAGUCAUAAUAGUUUUUUGCAAUGGAUGCUAAUUUUGUUUUAGAUUUUGAUGAAAUAUUUGAAAUGUUAAUGUUUCCAAAUUUAUUAACGAUCCCGGUGUUAUGAUUAUAUAAACUUUUACUUAAUGUUGUAAGCAAAGAUUUUUUAUUUUAUUUUUUCUAGCUCACUUAUGAGCCCUGUUAAUUGUGUACUUUGUUAUGUAUUGUUAAACCCACCUACACUCCUUUGCCACUUUAGUAAUUGUAAAUUGGUGGUACAGUCUAAAGAAGGACUGCAGUAUAUUCAAAUGUACACCGGUGGGGCAUCCACCCGCCUCUAAAGCGAGAAAAAAAGAAACCAGAGGUGGGGGAACUCUUGUAUUUGAUCUCGGUCUGUCGUUAAUCUACAGAUUAAAUUAAUCUUGAUAUUCGAUAUCCCGUCAAGAUGACCAGAUAACCACUCAAGACCCGGUGUAAUCCAAUCAGUUACUCCUAAAAUAUAGAGGAUAGAGUACUAGAUAUAGAUUAUAUUAUAUAUCAUUUUAACCCUUCUUCAUUCUAAACUGCACCAUUCCCUUUGCAGAUAAUUGGGAUAAAAUUUAUUAGUGCCCACUGUGGAUAUCGAGAUCAAGCAAUAGGAAUAAAAGGUAUCCAACACAAAAUUUCCGAGCUUAUCCCCCCCCCCCCCA